AUGGAGAUGCAGGAUAUCAAGGGAGAAUCCAUGAGGAGUGAACCCCCCAGGGGAGAUGUCCCCACGAAGACAAACAACGAUAGGAGGAGGAAAAAAAAAGAAGAAAUAUGCACAAACAAAAUUACUAACUUCUUUAAAAUUGUGAAGAGUGGCGAAGCGGCCAAAAUGCUUCAGACACCGAACCCCCCCAACGGUGAGAACAACCCACAUGCCGACGGACGUCCAUCGGGCAUACCUACAACCAUAAGUAUAACAUCCCUACCAGGAAUUUCCCAAGUGAAGGAAAAGAUGCACCAGACUUGGGACAAAAAUGUGUUACUCACUGGUGUAGAUGCAGGAGGAGAGGGGACAAGCCAAAUGGAAUAUCCCCCAAAGAAGGGGAACCCAUUUUGUGCUUCACCAGGAGUAGAAAAUGAAGUGACAAACAAGAUGAACCGCACGAAUAUUAAGCCGUCUGCGAAGAUUUGUGGAAUUGCCAAUGUGAAGUCCACUUUGUCGAGGGACGUGAGUAGGGUGCCCACCGUUGGCACGACGUUAAGGAGGAAGGAGGGGGAGAACGUGAAAACUGAGGGUGAAGAAAAGCGGCGUGACGAAAUUACCCCUGAUUGGAAACACCCCCAUGGAGAAUCCCAAGACGAGGGGAACAAAACAAAAAGGGGACUCAAAAGAAAGAAAAAUGAAUCGGAUGACCAGCAUAACGCGGAUGUUGCGGGUGCUGUGGAUGCUGUGGAUUCUGUUCCUGGGCGGGAUCAGUCGAAGGGACCCCGCGUAGACCUUCCUUCCAUAUCACCCACAGAAGGGAAUAACAUUGAAAAUGUUUCCUCAGAGCCAAAUGGGGGAGAUGGAAAAGAGGAAAAUAUUCUGCGCUCCUCCUUCCCCCCUGAAAAAUGCGCAAAGUUAGUGAAGUCGAGGAAAAUCUCCCUCGUCAAUUUUUUCGGCAAUAACAUUGAAAUAACUGUGAAUGGGAAUGUGAAUGAGGACAGUGCUUCCGAGGGUAGGUUCAGCAGUGCGGAUAGCGAUGGGAGUGCGUCUAACUUUGGCUGCACCGGGAGAUCCAAUGGCAGGUGUGGUGCGAAAGGGGAAACUGGUGGUGGUAUACUUAAACGUGACACUGGUGAAGGUACACCCAAACGCGGCGCCGGCGUAGACGAAGGAGACACCCUCAGUGCAAUGAACCGAUCGUACAAGAGAAAUUCCAUUUCGGAUGGAGAAAGGUACAGCAAAAAUGAUGGUGCACUCUAUGGGGAGAGAAAAAAAAGGGAAAGGUAUAGCCCCGAUGGGGGUGACGGAGGGGAAGAAGGGGAUCAAACCUGUGAUGACUUAUCCCAAAAGGAACAUACGAACAGCCCCGUAACGCCAGGAAGGAGAAAUUAUGUAAAGGAAAACAAACGAGUGUUAAAAUCAGACAAUGAAUUCGAAAUGGAACGAGCCAAAACGAAAAGGGUUCGGAUUGGGAGAGUCAGUUGUGUAGGAGUAGGUGCACACACGAGCAUUGGCAUUGACAUGGACACAGACGCCGAAUCGGAUGCCAACACAGAGGGGGGACGUAAGAACUCUUCCAACAGGGCUGGCAGAAAGACGUGUCUGAACGUUGGCUUCUUUAGUGGGUUUUCCAGAAAGGCAAGUAAAAGCUGCGUAGUGGGUGUAAGUGGCGGGGACAAUGACGAAAACAAUAAGGAUGAUGAUGAUGAUGGCAACGAUAAUGACAAUGACGAUGAGGAGGAUAACCAUGACGAUUGCGAUGACCCCUCUGGCGAAUCGGACUUCCCCCCCACGGUGCACCCGGAUGGCGCGUGGGCGAACCACGCAAAGGAGGCACAAAAAAGGACGGGAAAAGACCACCCAUUUGGGAACCCCUUCCAAACGAACCUCCACCAACUGAAAAAUAACGUUCAAGAUAAAUUAACCUCCAUAAAAAAUAACUUCAUGAUAAAUGAUGACGUAAGUGAUAUCUUAAAUGAGAAGAGGAGGAUUAAAAUUCUUCGAGUUUUAAACAAGUACUAUUUUGACAGGGAGUACAACAACCACGUGGAGGUUCAGGAGGGAAGGGAAGGUCCCCAGAGGGACGUCACACAGAAGGACGUCACGCAGAAGGGUGCCACGGGAAAAUGUUCCACCGCAAAUUGCUCCUUCGAGAAAGGCAUCUCCCCAUGCAAGCUGUUGAGAGACCACUCGAACAAACCGUUUACCUUUUUCAUCUCUGGGAAGUUCACCCUCUUUAGUAACUUCGCACUGGUGAAUAAGGUGAAAGAUGCAGGAUACGGGAUCACGAACAACCUACGGAGAAGCAACGCAUUAAUCAUUGGACACGGUUUAAGUGAGGACUUUGUAAAAAAAAUGGCCAACUUUAAAGGUCCCAUUUUUGACGAAGAGGCUAUUCUAGAGCACCUAAAUGUAGACGUAAAGAAACGCAUUGAUCUGUUUGCCCCGAUAAAUAGAAAUAACGCAAAACGGUACAAGUUUCUAAUUAACCAGACUAAUAUAGAUAGUGCACCGACCAAGUCGAUUGAGAGAAAGGUGCUUCAGUUUUGCAGAGUCAUACGGAAGAGCUUGUCUGAAAUGUUGGAGGCUUCUCAUUCUCAGUAUAAGAGUGUGUUAAAUUCCAAUUUGACGAAACGGUUAAGUGACUUUUUUUUGUUUUUGCAUUUAUCCAGGGGGAAGUUCCACCCCGACGUAAACUCCCUGCUGUAUUGCUACAGAAGGAGGUACCACGAGUUGAUGCUCUCACUGCGCAAAGACGGGGAGACUUCAGAAUUUGUGCUCUUCGUUAGAAACCUCUGCGAAGUUUUCUCCUCCUGCCACAUCAGUAACGACUUGCUCACGUGCGAUGCACGGGGGGAGUGCGUUUCUGGCGAAGAAACCAUGUCCAAGAACCACCUGGACAGUGAAGCCAAGACCUCCCCGAGGGGCAGCCCCCACGCGGUGAUGGAUCCAUCUGACAGUAGUAAUUCAAAGGAAGACAGCCCAGAACGGAAGAAAAACGAAACUCACAUUGAGGAGAAAACACUCCCCCCAGGAGACAAUCACGAUGAUGAUGAUGCGUCCUCCCUGGAGUGCAUUUCCGCGGAGGAGUACUUCGAGCAGACAGACCAGUCAGGCGAAAUGUCCAAUGAGGAAAAGGAACUGAACAAUAAUGACAGUGCGAAUAUAUUAGAUAGAAGCAUAACGCGUAAUAUGAAAAAAAGUGAGAAGCUAAAAGAGGUGACCAAUUUAUGGAGAGUGUUCUUUCGGCCUAACAGUCUCUACGAAAUUGCAGGGCAUAAAAACGAAGCUUUAAAAUUGUACAAAAUUUUGAGGAAGUUCUUUCCAGAAGAGGGCGUAGAGAAACCCUCCAAUGGGAAGUCAACCCCCAGGGGAAGAUCAACCCCUAAGGGAAGGUCAACCCCGAAGGGUGGUGGUAACCAACGAAAGGAUCCAUUAGACAUGUAUCUAGAAAAGAGUAACAUUAUAUUCCUAGUCUACCCCCCCAACUGUGGAGUAAGGAGAUUGGUUGAACUCAUCUGCUACGCCUGCGAUUUAUGCCCAAUAUAUGAAAGCAAAGUGCAGAAGUAUAAAAAUAUCAACUACUUUUUUAAAUACACACAUGGGUUAAAACCCAUCUCUAUUUAUAACGCUAAUAAGUUAGACAAGAACUCCCUUCAAGAAUUGAGUGCUCGAAAUGACGUGAACAUUUGCAUGUAUGAAGACAAGAAUUACGUCAUGAAUAGCUUAUCCAGUUUUUCCUUUCCUCUGCUAGACAACAUAAACCAUGUGCUCAUUAACUUUGGCGUUCCUUCUAGGGAUGCUUUAUUUUAUAGAUGCUUUGCUGUCUCUUCCUGUGUUAUAAGAAAUUUGAACAAAAAACUGUUUAGCGUACUUUUUGAGACGUGCAGGUUGAAGGACUUUUCCUACUCGAUCGAGAGCGUCUACAGUAAGAUGCACCUCCUAGCUUCCUACGUGAAUUACGUGCAGCGGUGGGGAGAUGCACCAUCCCUUAGUGGUCAGAAGGCAGAGGAGAGGAUAGCUGACCAAGCCCCCUUGAACUUCCCCAAUGAUGCGCUGCAGGAGUAUAUAUCGGACCAUCUCAUGAAUCGCUUCUUUAUGAGCAACUAUGACGAGGUGGAGCAGGCACUGAGGUCUGAACUUGGUGGCAAGUCAGAUAUCGCGUUAGGCGUCGCGUUAGGCAUCACGUCAGGCGGUGCGUCUAACGCUGCGUUAUGUACCCCCUCCUCUGGUGAACCCGCCGACCGACGCAGCCAGAACAGCACAAUCCGCCUGAAGAAGGCAAAGAUUAUGAAGAGGCUAAACGAAGACUACUACUUCUUCCGAGAAUUUGACGUGGAGGAAAUACGUACUCUCGUCCUCGACUGUUAUGACAAAAUGCACAUACAAAACGAAAAAUUAAAUUUCGACUUAACGGUAAAAAAAAAUAGCAACCAACUAAAUGAGAGGAGCGAUUACUUAUAUAUGGACGACAGGGCCAAGCGGCACAGACAGCGCAUUCUCAUAAAAGUCUUGGAGCUUUUUUUAUACGCUUGCAUUUUGGUAAAGUCAGAUGACGUCAACAUAAAUUUGAUUGCCGUCGAUAUGACGGUGUACUGGCGGAAGUACCUCUUCAUGAGUCCGCCCUUCCGGCUGGCCUGGCGCCGCAGCGAAGGCGGAGGCAACGGUAGGGGGGAUAUACGAGACGGCAAGGGGGAUGACAAAGGCGAUGGUAAAGGGGAUGGUAGACGAGGCAACCGUGUGGGCGAAAAAAACCUAGCGGAACGGCAAAAGAGCGAAUGCAUCAUCCCCCAAACAGGCGGAAACAACAUCGACUUCAUUAACGAGACCAAGGUGAAGGACCACAUGAAGGGGAAGAUGGAAAAGUGCAACAAAAUAUUUUGCGAAAAGGUGAAGAAGUACCGGAGCCUGAUGACCCACUUCGGGUGCCCCUUCAACUUCUCUUCCGCCAGCGUGGUGUACGACCUCCUUCAUAACAGCAAGGUGGCCAACUUGGCCCCCCGCAGGCGUGGAGACGCCAAGUCGUAA